UGUAUUUGCUGGGAGGAAGAGAUGGCUGCAGCGUGUGUUGAUUUUACAGAAUUUUAUUACCUGCUGUUUAAAAGUAUUUAGGUUGGGUAAAACCGUUUCCUAAUGACAUAUAAGACAUUUGUUCUUUUAUUGCAUGCACUGAGUUCUGAAACAAAGAGUCAGUUUUCUGUUUUAUUUAAAAACUCAGACAGCGCGGAGUGGGUCAGCUGUGCACACAGAAAUGUUGAAUUUGUUUGUUUACUGAGAAAACAAACGUAUUAUACGUUAUAGCUGCACAUGAUGCAAACAGCGUUACUCCUUGUAAAGUAAGACGGUUCUGGUGUUUGUUUUCUUUCUUAAUCGCACCAGAAGUGUGGCAUUUAUAUGAAUGUGAAUUCUCCAGGGGGAAAUACAUACAUUAAAAGCAAAGAGGAUUCUGCUACUCGAGUCUCAAGCUAACAGUCAGUGAAGAUGGAGGUCAGUGUCUCCGUGUCGUUCUUUCAAGACGAGCUCGCCUCUACCAUCGAGCACGCAGUGAAAGCGGCUGUAGACACCGUCUUGUGCCAAAUCACAAAAGUUGUCGGCGGCAAAUUCACUGAAUUCCGAAUGGAAAUGGCUGGAAAGGAGAAAGAGAAUGAAAGUCUGAAGCUGAGAUUGGAAAUAUCAGAGAGCGAGUUGAAAGCAGUGCGGGAAUGCAUGAACGCUGCAGAUGCAGACAUUAAACAACCUCUCAGAAACAUGAACCCCGACUGCAAUGAACAAGACUUUCAGAGGAUCGAGAACCAGGGAUUAUUUCAAGAUCCCAAAGAGAGCCAUACUGUCCCUGAAUCUGAAGCACAGGAGGGGCCAAGGAUGGAAGCAGUUUACAAACAAGAGGAGUCCUUUGACCAGGAGUGGUGUGCAAGUCUAAAGCAGGAUACAGAGCUGACAUGUGUUAAAGAUGAAGAGGUCCCUCGACUGGAAUGUGUUCCUAUUAAAGAGGAAUUCAUAGAACAGGAAUGUGUCCCCAUCGCAGAGGAAGUUCCUACUGAAAAUAAUGUCUGUACACUUGAGGAGAACAACCAGCUGGGAUCCAACCUGUGUGAUGAUUGUCCACCUGAAUGUGAACUGGGAUUUGGAGCUGCUAAGGGGAAUCAAACAGGAGACACUCCAUUUCCCUGUGCUGAUUGUGGGAAGAGAUUCAGUUGUUUAUCCCAGCUGGAAAUCCACCAGCGUGUUCACACAGGAGAGAAACCGUAUCACUGUAAUGACUGUGGGAAGAGAUUCACACAGUUAGGACAUCUUCAAGCACAUCAGCGCAUUCACACAGGAGAGAAACCUUAUCACUGUGGUGAAUGUGGGAGGAGUUUCAGUCGCUCACCGCAGCUUAAAAGCCACCAGCGCAGUCACACAGGAGAAAAACUUUAUCACUGCACUGUGUGCGGGAAGAGAUUCACACGAGUAGGAAAUCUUCAAUCACACCAGCGCAUUCACACAGGAGAGAAGCCUUAUCACUGCACUGAGUGUGGGAGGAGUUUCACGUAUUUAAGUUCUUUGAAAAUCCACCAGCGGACUCACAAAAAAGAGAAAUCUUAUCAAUGUAGCGAAUGUCUGAAGAGUUUCAGUCACUUAUCAAACCUUAAAAGACACCAUAAAAUUCACACAAGAGUUCAGCUAGUUUUUGGGCCUCCAGGGAGACAAGAGAAUUCACAGAAUUUCAGUCAGUUGAGGACACCUCAACACCAGGACUACAUUUGAGUAAAAUACAGAAAUAUUUACUGAACAAAAGAAUAAACUUGCUUGAUAAAUAGUGUUACUUCUAAUCAUUUCAGAUCCAAAAUGUACACUCCCCACUAGUUACAAAGUCUCCAGCUCUUUCAAGUCAAUGCUAAGCUUUGGUCAAUUCUGAGCUUCACACCUCAAACAAGUUUUUCGGAAGAUGUGUUGCUUGUUCCCAUCAUGCAUUUGCAGUAACAUGCUGCAAGAUAAAUGCUAAAUAACCAGAUUAAUAAAUAUGAGCUGAACUGAGUGUAGUGUUGUUUUUUAAAUAUCUUUUUAGAUUUAAAUAAAUGUUGAUUGCCCUCAAAGGAAAAGUAAUACUGUUUGAGGGCGCCGUGGCUGAUGCUAACACUGUGGAAGCCUGUGAUGCAUGAAGUCCGACCAUGAGAGAGCUUCUGAAGAUAGGUUAGGAUGGAGGAGGAUGUGUUUCAUUGCCUUGCUGUCUGAACUGAUAUAAGUUACAAAUAGAAACAAUCCCAAUGGUGUAUAUACAGUUAUGGGUAAUGGGGAUUCUCCAGGUGUAAAUGCCAGUCCAUGUUGGAGCCUGAACUGGUUUACAUUGUUUUAAAAUAAAAUGUUAAUAUUUAAAUGAUUGUGUGACAGAGAAAGAAGGAAUUUGAGCUGUAACCUCCCCCCCCCCCCUUCUGUUUGGACAUUCCUUAUUCACCCGCACCACUCACAUCCUGACAGAUUGUCAGUUUUUUGUUAUUUUUCAAUAAAGCACUAGACAGUUUCCCUGCAAUUUAUUCAUCACUUGUACUGCUUUUUGCAAAACUUUCAAUAUAAAGGUUUCAAUAUAGGGCAGCAGUGUGGAGUAGUGGUCAGGGCUCUGGACUCUUGACCGGAGGGUCGUGGGUUCAAUCCCAGGUGGGGGGACACUGCUGCUGUACCCUUGAGCAAGGUACUUUACCUAGAUUGCUCCAGUAAAAACCCAACUGUAUAAAUAGGUAAUUGUAUGUAAAAAUAAUGUGAUAUCUUGUAACAAUUGUAAGGUGCCCUGGAUAAGGGCGUCUGCUAAGAAAUAAAUAAUAUAAGUAA